CUCACUCACUCACUCGCUCACUCUUCUGAGCAGCAGCUGAGAGGGGGCUGCCGUCCACUGCGUUGACGUCGCUGCGUCGCGCCUGCCUGCGCUGUCCUAUCCUCCUCCUCUUCCUACUUCCCCUCACCUCCUCCGCCUCUGCGCUCUGUGCACUGUCCCUUCCAUGUCGUGCCAGGCUCUGCGGAGGGUGCGGCCAGGCAGGCAGCUGUGAUGGCGGUGUUGUACUGCCGCAUGAUUCUGGACCAACCGGGCCAGGGCGGGCGACUGUUACUGCAGACUGUUACUGACUCCUGAGGGCGCAGCAGGCUGGUGAGAGGGACGGCCGCGGGUGGGGCGGGGCGAAGAAGAGAAAAAGGUGUGUAGGCGCGGGAGGCGUGCUUUGUAUGCGCACUACAUGCCUUGAGCCUGGUGGUUGUUCAUGACACUGUUCAUCGCAGUAUUCUACAACGACAUCGUCCCCAGCUGGUAGUAGUAUUGCAGUUGUAUAAGUUGUCGCUGCAGCCAGGCGCCGCCAGUCAGCAUCUUCUCGUUAGUGUUCAGUUAGUAGUUGAAGCGAGGGAGUAUAUUCCGCCUUCGAUUUUUUGUUUCUCAGGGAGUCACAGCGCUGCGAAUCAGAAGCCUGUGAGAGCUUUGGGAACUGGUUUUCGUGUUUUAGAAAGCGAGGCCAACGAGAGAGCGAGAUCGAGAGAGAGAGAGAGCGCGAGCGACAGCAUGUCACGCAUGAGAGGAGAGAAGAACAGAGGACGGAGCAGGGCUGGCCUAUUGGUGUUACAGGAAGGGGGUUGCAGGAAUUUGUAGGCGUGGCCGUCACUGUUUGGUUUUUGAAAGCUAGUGCUGCGACAAGAGAUGCGGGUGGUCCUAGCUUGAGUACUUGUGCUAGGCGUCUGAGGCGUGAAGUUUCGGCUAGCUGAUUGCAAAUUCAGUAAGAUUGGAGAGGGCAAUGGCUGACGGUCCGCAUCCAUUCGUACAAGAAUGCCUUCUUCUUGAAAAGCUGGUUGAUCCUCGUCGUUGUAAUCCGACGGUGCGGCUACGGAGCUAAAGUUCAAACGCUUAGUCUCUUCUUUUCUGGUGUGAAGUAGGUGGAACGGAGUUUCUAUUGCGGGGAAAAGAGACAACCAUGGCGGGCGAGAGGUGCUUCGAAGCAAGUAGCAACUUGGUAAGGCUGGAGUAAAUUGAAGCGGCAUUUCUACUUCUUCCUCGUGCAUCCUAGGAGCCCUUAUUUCUGGAGUGCUUCUAUCUGUCGUCAACGUGAGUAGUUGAUGUAGUCGUGUGACAAUUAGUCCAAAACCCUUGCAACUUCUUAAUCGGGCAGGGACUCUCUACGACACUGACAAAGGUUUGUAUACCUCGGCGUUUUUACCAUCGACGACAAGACGCAGGUGGCAGUUUGAAUCCUGCGAGGUGCGUUGACAAUGUGAGGUUCAGUGUUGGCCUGAGGAAUCCGGAAAGCGAGCUCAUAGUGGCUGCUCCGAUGUUUCACAUGGAGAACGACCAUCACACUUUCGGCUCGUGCAUGGAAAAGGUAGAUCCUGAUAAAUACAAGGGCAUGGAUUCCUCUGGAAAGUAUGUGCGCUACACCAACGAGCAAGUGGAAGCACUGGAGCGCGUAUACCACGAAUGCCCUAAACCAAGCUCAAUUAGGCGUCAUCAGCUGAUCAAAGAGUGUCCAAUCCUGGCGAACAUUGAGCCUAAGCAGAUCAAAGUUUGGUUUCAGAAUCGUCGUUGUCGGGAGAAGCAACGGAAGGAAGCAACGAGGCUGGUGAGCGUGAAUGCUAAGCUGACAGCCUUGAAUAAACUGCUGAUGGAGGAAAAUGAGCGAUUGGCGAAGCACGCUUCCCAAUUGACUCUGGAUAAUCAUGCCCUGCGACAGCAGCUACCUAACUUACCGGUGCCUGAUGGGAAGUGUCGCCUUUCUGGUCAGGCUGGUGUGGCUUCAACAGAUACUAGCUGCGAUUCUGCUGUCACUGGUGGACUUCCUCAGCACCUUACUUCGCAGCAUUCUUCUCCAGAUGCUAGCCCUGCAGGAUUGCUUUCUAUGGCGGAAGAAACAUUGACGGAUUUCCUGGCGAAGGCAACGGGAACCGCAGUGGAUUGGAUACAGUUACCUGGUAUGAAGCCUGGUCCGGAUGCCAUUGGCAUCAUUGCUAUAUCCCAUGGUUGCGUGGGCAUAGCAGCUCGAGCGUGCGGCCUUGCGGCGCUCGAUUUUAGCAAAGUUGCGGAGAUCCUGAAAGAUCGUCCUGGUUGGUCGCAAGAUUGCCGUCGCAUGGAGGUUCUUGGAACUCUCCCGACAGGAAACGGUGGCACUAUAGAGCUCUUGUACACCCAGAUGUAUGCUCCAACAACUUUAGCACCUGCUCGGGAUUUUUGCACCCUUAGAUACACUACUCUUCUGGAGGACGGGAAUCUGGUGAUCUGUGAGCGGUCACUGACAGGGAAGCACAAUGGGCCGACAAUGCCUCCCGUACAAUCAUUCAUCAGAGCAGAAAUGUUUCCAAGCGGGUACUUGAUUCGUCCAUGUGAAGGAGGAGGGUGCAUCAUUCAUAUAGUGGAUCACGUGGAGUAUGAGCCUUGGAGUGUACCAGAAGUGUUGCGGCCCCUGUACGAGUCUCCAGCUGUCCUUGCACACAAGUCUACAAUUGCGGCAUUGCGAUAUUUGAGGAGAAUAGCAGCAGAAGAGAGUGGGGAGAUCAUUAUCCGGAAUGGGCAACACCCUGCCGUAAUUCGAACUUUGAGCCAGCGCCUUACCAAGGGCUUCAAUGACGCUGUGAAUGGUUUUGGAGACGACGGGUGGGUUCCAAUGGAAAGCGAUGGUAUGGAUGACGUGAGCGUAAUGUUGAACGCGACUCCGAAAUCUAUGGAGGGGCAGAUUGCAACAGAUAAGCUUCUGUUUUCUCUUGGCGGAGGCAUACUAUGUGCGAAGGCCUCCAUGUUGUUACAGAAUGUACCGCCGGCAUUACUCAUACGAUUCUUGCGGGAGCAUAGAUCAGAAUGGGCAGAUCAUGAAAUCGACGCAAAUGCAGCCACAGCAUUUCGAGGUGCCAGCAAUGGUCAUGUUUCACGAGGACGCAUGUCGCAUGUGCAGUUGCCACUGCCUCUGGCUCAAUUUGGAGAACAAGGGGAGUUUCUAGAAGUUGUGAAGCUGGAAGGGCACAGCGCAGUGCAGCAUUCGGUGCUUUCGCGGGACAGUUUUCUUCUUCAGCUAUGCAGUGGAAUUGAGGAGGGCGCCGUUGGGGCCGGUGCACAACUGGUUUUUGCUCCCAUAGAUGCGGCUGUGUCGGAAGACAUUCCUCUUCUUCCUUCAGGCUUUCGCGUAAUUCCCGUUGAUAGCAGUGUUGUGGACGGAAUCGGGCUGAAUCGUACACUUGAUCUGGCUUCCACACUUGAAGAUCACGAGGCAGGAUUGAAUGGAGAGAGCAAGUCUAAUGGCAGCUCUAGCCAAGUGCGAUCCGUUCUGACAAUAGCUUUUCAGUUUGCGUAUGAAGUUCAUACACGCGAAACAUGCGCAGUGAUGGCCCGCCAGUAUGUUCGCACAGUGGUUGCAUCCGUGCAGCGGGUUGCCAUGGCUUUGGCACCGUCCCGUGGUCAGCCCCGUCCAGCACUGGGCAACUCAGAUGCCAUCAGUUUGGCGCGUCACAUCCUGAGCAGCUACAGAGUACAAUUGGGCAUGGAUCUGGUUAGGCCCGAAGUUGGAGGCACUGAAGCUCUAUUUAAGGUGUUCUGGCAUCAUUCGGAUGCCAUAGUGUGUUGUGCAUGGAAGGGUACGCCAGAGUUUGUUUUUGCCAAUCGAGCAGGUCUAGAGAUGUUCGAAACUACAUCAAGCUCUUUACAAGACCUGGCAUGGGAUAAGACAUUAGACGAAGAUAGCCUAAAGCUGUCGUAUGCUACUUUUACUCAGGUCCUGCAACAGGGCUAUUGCUGUUUACCAUCUGGAGUGCGGAUUUCAAGCACUGGCCGCACGGUAACUUACGAGCGAGCUCUUGCUUGGAAGGUGUUGGAUGACGAUGAGACGACCCAGUGCAUCGCCUUUCUCUUCAUGAACUGGUCCUGAACUUGAGUUACGGUCCUUGCCAUAAAGAUUUCUUACUGCUUCUUUGUAAUGCUCUGUAUUUUGUCUUUAGGAUAUGGUAAAACAUUGCAUGGUUUGAGUGGAUCAUAGAGAUGGACAUGAUGGUGAGAACGCAUGUGUGGUAACUCUUUCAGAUCGCAUGCGGGACAUAUUUUUGUAUUUAUGAGCUAUAUGCAAGUUAUUAAGGGUUCAGAUUUGCUUGUCCUUACAA